CAGAGGAGUCCGGAUGACCGCCCAGGCUGUCGGCGCUGCAGCGUCGCGUGGUGCUGGCGGUGCGUCAGCAGUACGUUGCCAUCGGCGACCAUUUGCUGACUCUGGAGGACGGGGACGAGGUGGCCGUGGUGCCGCCGCUGAGCGGAGGAUAGACGCUGGUGUGGGAUGGAUGGGGGGCGGAGAGACGUGUUCAAGCUGAGCCGUGAUAGGCUGUCUGUCCAGGAAGUGGUGGACGCCGUCGGCAGUGCGUCCUGCGGCGCCGUGUCCCUGUUUAUAGGUACCACCCGCCAGGACGACGUCGACGGCCGGAAGGUGGUUGGUCUGGAGUACGAGGCGUAUGAGGGGAUGGUCCAAUCAGAGCUCGCCAAGCUGAGCGCCAACGUGCGAGCGCGAUGGCCCGACAUCGUCCACGUGUGUGUCCACCACAGACUGGGGUGGGUGGAGGUGGGCGAGGCCAGCGUCGUCAUAGCGAUCUCGUCUCCUCAUCGUCGAGACGGCCAAGAAGCCAUUCAGUUCUAUGUGACGCAGCUGAAGGCUGCCGUCCCCAUCUGGAAGAAGGAAGUGUACGACACGCAGGAAAGCAGCUGGAAGGAGAAUGCAGAAUGUCCCUGGGGCGGAGCUAAGGACUGAGGGGCGGGGCUAAGGACUGAUGCCUCAGCAUCAAAUGACAAUAUCCAAUCAGAUUACAGAAUUCAAAGCUGAAAUCAAUAAAGGUGUUUAAUUGGACAAACCUGUGAUUGACUGGUUGGUUUGGCUGAAGGUGACUGUCCGUGACCCACGGUUACGUCUCAGUCUCCUGUCGUCCGUCGGGCCGGGCUGAACCGUGUGGCGGUCUGUGGAUGUCAGUAACCGGACCAGGACUGAGGGAGAGGAGACGGAGAGGCUGUCCCACCCACGAGGAGGGUGUGGUCAAUGUUCAGACUAAACCCCGCCCACAUAGAACCACAACAACAGAGAUGGACGAUUGGAACAAAGAAAUAUGAGCAGGAAGUGAUUUAAUUUAAACACAGCCACCAAUAUUUGAUCCAUGUGUUUGAGACUAAAGUGUUUCCUGUAAAACAGGAAAAUACAAAACUAUGACAAAGGCUUGGGAUUAAAAAAA